UAAAAUGAUAAAAGUCAAAUUAUAUUUGUUUUGAAGUCUCCAUGCAAGAACUCUUUGUUGUUUUACAAAACAUACUGCGAUGCCAAAAUGAUGGAAGGAUGUGUUUGACAUUUUCCCGAAACAAUUAUCUCUACUUUCGACUUCCCCCUGUGCUACCGGCUUUGACUUUAGAAAAACAAAACGAGGCAGCUGGCGUCCGCUAGCCUCGCUUACGGCAACGACAAACAGCUAUACCCUGCUCAAUCUACUUCUCGUAUGUUCCACUUCAUUCACAGACUUCAAGUCUUAAAGUCAGUGUGCUCUAGAUUUGUGCAAGUGCGUAGCAUAGGUUCAAGAUUCGAGAUGUCCGGUGAUAUCAAGGCUGUUCUCAUUGACCUCAGCGGCACCCUGCACGUAGAAAGUGACCCCACACCCGGGGCAGUGGAUGCACUCAAAAGACUUCGACAGCAGAAAGAUAUCAAGGUCAAGUUUGUAACAAACACGACAAAGGAGAGCAAAGCUGUUCUCAUGAGGAGACUGCUAAAAAUAGGUUUUGACGUCUCGGAGGAGGAUGUGUUUACGUCUUUGUCUGCCGCGAGACAGCUGGUGGAUGCGCAGAACUUAAGACCGUAUUUGUUAGUGGAUGAAAAGGCUAUGGAGGAUUUUGAAGGCGUCCCUCAAGAGGACCCUAACUCAGUGGUGGUGGGCCUAGCUCCGGACAGGAUGAAUUACGAGGAUCUGAACACGGCUAUGAGAUUGCUGCAGUCCGGAGCAUCGCUGAUCGCCAUCCACAAGGCAAAGUACUACAGACGCAGUGAUGGCCUGGCUCUGGGACCUGGUCCCUUUGUGUGUGCUCUGGAGUUUGCCACGGGCGUCUCGGCCCACGUUGUGGGGAAACCCAGCGAGAACUUCUUCCUGUCGGCCAUUGCCGGGCUCGACUGUCGGCCUGAGGAGUGCGUCAUGAUUGGAGAUGAUGUGAGCGACGACAUUCACGGGGCACAGACGAUUGGCAUGAAAGGAAUCUUGGUGAAGACAGGAAAGUACCGAGACGGUGACCAGGACAAGAUCUCUCCCCCUCCCCACAGAGUGUGUGCGGACUUUGCUCACGCAGUCGAGGAGGUCCUGUCUGGUUUAUGAUGUCACACAUGCGUGCAUUCGUUCGUUCGUAUGUACGUAAUGCGCCCCCCCCCACCCCCACCCACACACAGAUUCACAUCAUUCCCCGACUUGACCAUACCUCUGGUCUGAACGUGUCCCCAGAGGAAAGUAUCGAGGCGUUGACCAAGACCUGAGGUUGUGGUGCGGAAAAGGCACCCCAUUGGAGGGGGAGAGUUGUGGCCCUUAUUGGUGGGUCAGUGGACUACAUAUAUUAUAUCUGUGAGGCAGCGUGGUGAAAUCAGGCGCUCGUCAAAAUAAUCAAAGUGAAG